GAAGAGGGUGCCAUGGACAGGGAUGGAGAGAGCGAGCAUCAGAGACUUUUAAGGGGCCGUGUAUGUGGGCUCACUCAGCGAAGGGACUUAACGAGGGCUCUGAGGUACUGGCGCUGAGAGCACUCAACUGCCCGCUGCACACACAAAACAGAGGACCCAGCUUCCUUUAUGGGUUGGUUUAGUUGCUUUAAAUAAUUUUCUAUAAGGCUUAAUUAAACACAGGACAUAAGUAAAAAACAGUCCUUGUUUCUUUUGGGGGAAAAAAAUCAGAAUGUUGCCUUUACAGGAAGAUAUUUUGACCCCAGCUCCUCAAGGGAGCACCCCACUCGGCUGCUAUAAGAAGCUGAUUGAGUACUAUAAGAAUGGAGACCUGUCCUUUAAAUAUGUGAAGACCUUCAACAUGGAUGAGUAUGUGGGCCUUCCUCGAGACCACCCAGAGAGUUACCAUUCCUUUAUGUGGAACAACUUCUUCAAGGACAUUGACAUCCACCCAGAUAACACCCACAUUCUGAAUGGGAAUGCAGCUGACCUGCAGGCUGAGUGUGAUGCCUUCGAAGAGAAGAUCAAGGCUGCAGGCGGGAUUGAGCUAUUUGUUGGAGGCAUUGGCCCCGAUGGACACAUUGCCUUCAAUGAGCCAGGCUCCAGUCUGUUGUCCAGGACCCGUGUGAAGACAUUGGCCAUGGACACCAUCCUGGCCAAUGCUAGGUUCUUUGAUGGAGAUCUCACCCAGGUGCCCACCAUGGCCCUGACGGUGGGUGUUGGCACUGUCAUGGAUGCUAGAGAGGUGAUGAUCCUCAUCACAGGUGCUCACAAGGCAUUUGCUUUGUACAAGGCCAUUGAGGAGGGAGUGAACCACAUGUGGACUGUGUCUGCCUUCCAGCAGCAUCCCCGCACAGUGUUUGUAUGUGACGAGGAUGCCACCUUGGAGCUGAAAGUGAAGACCGUCAAGUACUUCAAAGGUUUAAUGCUUGUUCAUAACAAGUUGGUGGACCCUUUGUACAGUAUCAAAGAGAAAGAAAUUGAGAAAAGCCAGUCUUCUAAGAAACCAUACAGUGAUUAGCUGUGCUGGGACCGAGUAUUAAGUACCUCAUAGGGACAGCGGGUCUUUCUGGAAAUUGUCUUCGGGAGAACAGAAUUGUAUUUUGUGAAUCCAGUAUGUGGUUACUCCAGAUAAACGGGUGAAUUUGAUUGUUCUGGGCUGUGAGGCUAGCAGCCUAAUGAUGGCGUUUAGGUAUAAGAAUGACUUGUAUGCAACUUAAUCGGAAAAGAAUCUCUGAAAAAUGUUCUCCAUCAUUUUGACACCUACCACACCCAGAUUAGGGGCUUUUAACUUUUUGUUCUGUCUUGGCCACUGUCACAUGGACAACACACUCCUGUCGGGAAUUUCUGUCUUUACGUGCACUGAUUCUCACGUGGGAGGGAAUUAGGGGCCUGUGCAUAUCAGACACAACCUCUUUGGAGAGUCUUGAGAGCCCCUCUUGAGCAAGCCUGCCCCUUAUUUGAGAUUACAGAAUAAGAAAGUCUCUCAAUAUCUAAAAUAAGGACAAGGAAGCAGUCCCUCUGCUCAUAACAGGUGCCAUGGGAAGAAAACUCUCCCUUACUUCCUUUCCCCAUCAUUUUCCUGCUCUCACAGGGGCCUUCUUAUGAACUGGGACGUCUCCUAGGGGGAGGAUCUGGGUGGAUGGGCCUAAAGAGGUGGCUUUUGCUGAUAAACCCAGAGCCUCAAGCGGCCCAGCCACCUCAUACUUCUCUCCCCCAGGGAUCCUCCAGCACCCACAGGAGGAAGGAUGAAACCCUUUUCCCACCAGAACCCUGUGUUUUGUCAAAGGUGUCACUGUGGCUCCUCUCUUGCACAGACUCAUCGGUUAGUAGGAGGUCCACUGGGAAACAGGCACUGCCACAAUAUCCUUCUUGUGUUCAGCUAAGGUGACAGGCUGGGCGAGCAGCUCAAAUAGGAGUUUAGUCUCAACAGCCAAGCGUCAUGCUCUCCUGCUUCCCUACGAAUUGAGUGCCAAGCCAACAUGCCACAUGCUUCUAGUAGUUUCCUCACUAAAAAUACCCUGGUCUUCUAACCCUACCAGGUCCCUGUGGUGUGGUCUGAUGUUCUCAGAACAUCAGGAAACACAACCCUUUUGCCAUUUACCCUUCACUCCUUGUUCCCAAGAAGGUCUGCUGCUCUGCCCUCUGCUUACUCUCUCAAGCCUUUGUGCAGUGGACGCCGCCACCGCCACAGCCUCCUCCCUGUUUUUGUGCCUGUUUGAAGCCACUGCUGCCUCUGUUUCUGGGAAAGGACUUUCAGAGCCUGGCUCAGGCCUCUCUUGAGCUGCUGUGUUUGGUACUAGAGUCUUGUCCUUAACUUUUGUACGUGAUUGUGCUGUCAUCGUGUUUGAAGCUGAUGGAUCAAUGGACCUGUUUACAACGUGAUGUUUUCUAUUAAAUCCAAUAUUUUCAAAGAAAA